UUUUUCAUAAUGAAGUGCUCUAAAAUACUUUUUGACCUUGUAUCCGCUGUUUAAUGCUUCUGCGAGCUCUAUUGACGUGCAUGUUGACACCCAGCCUCUUUCUUGUUCUUCAUGCUUGCAUUUGUAUUCUUUUAAUGUUGCGCCGCGGGGAUAAUCCAUUGAGCAUUUUCGGCAAAGGGGAAAUAGCAACCUCUCAUCAAAUUUUACGGGCAUAACUGGAACAUCUACUUGAUCAGGUGGAAUUAGAAA